AUGGGUGAACAUCUGAAAGUUGAUCUACCUGAGUUCGAUGGUGAUCCACUGAGGUAUCCAGAGUUUCUGAGUGAAUUUACAGCAGCAGUGGAUGUGGAAAAUAUUCCAGCAAAUCGUAAGCUUAUUAUUCUUUUAAAAUGUACGAAGGGCAUUGCCAGAGAGGCAAUUCGGUCAUGUGUAAUUACUAAACCAUGGGAAAGGGGUUACAAGCGGGCCCUAGACAUUCUCAAUGAGAGGUUUGGCAAAAAACAUAUGAUUAUAGAUUCCUUUAUGAAAGAAUUGAUUGAAGGAAAACCUCUUCGUGAUAAUAACUCUGCUGACUUGCAUAAGUUAGUAACAUUAAUGGAUAAUUGUGAGAUUGUUUUUGACCAAUGGGAUUGUAUGGAUAAUCUUAAUAAUAGUGUUAAUUUGAAAAAGAUUUUUUCCAGGUUGCCUGAAGAUUUGCAGUCUGGCUAUGCUAAGAUUGCAAGCGGCAUUUAUGAGGUGGGGAGGGAACCAAUGUUUUCCGAUUUAAAGGAUUAUGUUAUGCAAAUUGCUCGUGGUGCUUCUACCAUGUAUGGGGAGAUUGUCUGUUCGAAUAGGGAACAGAAAAAGUCGAGAAGUCCUAAACGAGGGACUGUUCCCAAGACUAGGGAUAGGGUGUCCUCCUUUGUGACCGAUUCCAAUGCUAUACCUAGUAGGGGGGCCAUUGCAAAGUUUGAUUGUCCUUUUUGUGGGUCAGGUAAUCAACAUCCAUUAUGGAAAUGCCUGAAGUUUAAGAAAAUGACUCCUAAAGAAAGAUCAUUGUGGGUGGGCAGAAAUGAAUUGUGUUAUAAUUGCCUUUUGAGUGGUCACAAAGCAAAUGAGUGUACCCGCAAUGUGUUAUGCAAUGUUGAUGGAUGUGGCAAAAAGCACAAUGUGCUGCUGCAUUUCCCACCUCGGCAAAAGCCGGGUGGUUCUACUAAUCCUGUAAGUUCUUGUUCAGGAAAAGAGACGAGUGCUCCGGUCAGUGGGGCCGGUGAGAAAGCUACAUGUGGAGCAACUUCCUGUAGCGUGGAGGCUACGGGAGGGGUUGGGAAUGUUAGACUCAAAGUGUUGCCAGUCACGGUCAGGGGUAAGGCCAUAGGAGGUAGGGAGAUAUCAACCUAUGCCCUGUUAGACCCGGGAUCUACGGUGUCCCUUUGUACUAGUGGGCUCAUGAGGGAGCUAGGUAUAAGUGGGGUUAAAACCAAUUUUUCUGUGCAGACUGUGACUGGUCAUAAAAUCCAAGAGGGGUUUGAGGUAGCGUUGACUGCAACGGGUGCAGGCAACUCCCUAGUGCUGGAUAGAGUUCUAACUGUUGAGCGUUUGCCAAACUUAAAAUCGAGUAUUCCCAGUGUGCGUGAUACUGAAUUGUAUUCACAUUUUUCCCAUGUUGAUAUUUCUGAUAAUACGGAUAGGGAGGUCAAGCUUCUUAUAGGCUCAAAUGUCCCAGAUGCCCAUGAUGUGUUAGAGGUUAAACGCGGGAAAAGGGGACAGCCCAGAGCGGUGAAAACCUUGUUGGGGUGGACACUGUUUGGCCCAGAGAGUGUUUCUAAUUGUGAUAAUAAUUUUGUGAAUUUUAUUCAUUGUGAUGAUAAUAUUUUACAUCGCCAAUUGUGUCAAAUUUAUGAGCAUGAUUUUAAUGAUAAUGCAUGUGAAUCUGCAUCCUCACUGUCUGUUGAAGACAAGCGGGCAUUGUCUAUCAUGGAAAAAACUGUUUGUAAAGUUAAUGGACAUUAUGAAGUGGGACUCCCAUGGAAGAAUAAAGAGGUAAAACUUCCUAAUAAUCGUACCAUGGUUGAGAAACAAUUAAUGUACCAAAAGAGAAAAUUUAUUCGAGACCCAGAAUUGUUUGAGUGUUAUAAGAGCGUGAUAAAUGAUUACUUGGACAAUGGGUAUGCGAGAAAAAUACCUAAUGAUGAAUUGGUGACUAGUGACAAAACUUUUUAUUUGGGGCAUCAUAGUACGAAACAAUCAAAAUUCCGUGUAGUUUUCAAUGGGGCCGGAACUUUUCGUGGGGUUUCCUUAAACGAUAAUUUAUUACAAGGACCAGAUUAUGCGAAUAAUUUGGCUGGAGUUCUCUUGAGAUUUCGACAAGAAAGAAUUGGUGUGAUGGCAGAUAUCAAGGCUAUGUUCCAUCAGGUGAGAGUGAGGCCAGAAGAUUGUGACUCGCUUCGGUUUUUGUGGUGGCCGAAUGAUGAUUUGUCAUCUCAAGCAAGUGACUAUUCCAUGUUGGUACACAUAUUUGGAAGCCGUUCAAGUCCAUCAGUUGCAGGUUUCGCCUUGAGGAAAUGUGCUUCAGAUAAUGAGCCGGGUGUUGAACAAUCGGUAGUUGAUACUGUGCUGAAGAAUUUUUAUGUUGACGAUUUGUUGAAAUCCUUAGCAAAGAGUGGUGACGCUAUAAACUUGGUUAAGCAAUUGUCUGUUCUACUGGAAAGUGGUGGAUUCCAUCUGACGAAAUUUAUCAGCAAUUGUCGAGAGGUGCUUGAGCAAAUUCCAGAAAGUGAGCGAGCAAAGACUUUGGUGAAUUUGGAUCUUGAUAAUCUACCGGUGGAACGAGCCCUGGGGUUAUAUUGGGAUACUGAUUUGGAUAAAUUCGUGACCAAGGUGAAUGUGAAAGACAAACCAACUACAAGACGGGGUAUGCUUUCUACCAUGAGCCAGAUAUUUGAUCCGAUUGGAUUUCUGCAGCCAUUUAUUUUGCCUAUGAAGAAAAUUCUGCAGAAAUUAUGUAAACAAGAUUUGGGGUGGGACGAUGAAAUUCCUGAUGGUGAAAAGGCUUGCUGGAUGAACUGGUUGCAAGAUUUACCGCAUCUGGAAAGUGUUUCUAUUCCUCGUUGUUUGAAAUCAUCAGAUAUGAAUGACCCUAGUGAAAUUCAAAUGCAUAUUUUUUGUGAUGCAAGUGAAACCGGAUAUGGAUGUGCAUGCUAUAUGCGAAUGUUGAACAAGUCUGAUGGAACCGUGCAUUGCAGUUUUGUUAUGGGAAAGUCAAGAGUGACACCUUCAAAACCAGUGACUAUACCAAGGCUAGAGUUGACUGCGGCAGUGGUAGCAGUGAAGUUGGGUCAGUUUGUGAAGACUCAGCUGGAGUACAAAAUUGAUAGAGUAAUUUAUUGGACCGACUCAAUGUCAGUGUUGCAGUAUAUCACUAAUACGACAAGACGCUUUCAUACUUUUGUGGCGAAUCGUCUUGCUGUUAUUCAUGAGGGAUCAGAGCCUUCGCAGUGGAGACAUAUUGACACGAAAUGUAACCCGGCUGAUAUUGCAUCUCGAGGUUUGAAACCGUAUCAGUUGGACAAGGCAAAGAUUUGGUUUGAGGGACCUGUUUUUUUGAUGAGAGAAGAAAGCCUAUGGCCAAAAUCAAAACCUAUUCGUGGCAUAUUAAAUAAUGACCCUGAAUUGAAGCAAGAUUUAUCUGUGUAUUGUGUCAAAGAUAACUUGAAGGAAAAUCCAAUCAAGCAUUUGCUUUCGAGAUACUCUACUUUGGAGAAACUUCAGAGAUCGACAGCUUGGCUUUUGAGAUAUCGAUCUUAUCUCAGAUGGAAGGUGGCUAAAUCUCGAGGUGAUGGAGAUGUCGGUCAGCUGAAAACAGGACAUUUUGAGAUUUGUGAAUUACACUGUGCAAUUGAUUGCAUAGUAAGAUUUGUGCAAAGAGAGCAGUUUGGAAAACAAAUCGAUGCUUUGCAUAAUCAUUCAUCUUUGGAAGAAAAGAUUGUCAGGACGCCAAAGAAGUCAUUAUCAAGAAAUGAGCAGAUGAGAUCAAUACAGAAACUGAAUCCUAUUGUUGUGGAUGGGGAUCGUUGA